UUGCAAUCUAUACAUGAAUAUAUUCUCGCCGGUUUGGCGCAUGGUUCAUUUUAAAUUUGUGUUUCAUUGAGGUGUUUGAAAUAAUUAAGAAAAUUAAGAUGAGUUCUUUAAUAGAUCCGAAUUUAAACGCCGAUGUUUAUAGAAAUAUGACAGCAGCCGAUAGGCCACCUGUCCCCGAUAAGCAUUUGCAGUUUAUUCUGAUUUAUAAUGAAAAAAGCGCUAUUCUUGGUGGUAGUAACAUGACAGAUCGUUACUGGAGCGGUACCGUCUGGUAUUACAACGAUAUUUCAGAUUUUAAUAGAGAUAAAGGUUUUGUUGCCACAAAAACAGAAAGUGGUGUCUGUGAUGCUAUAUAUCUAGAAGAGGAUAAAUUCGUAAUUACUGAAGAUAGUGGAGUUUUGCAAAUUUUUAGUUUAGCUGAAACAGUUGAAACAAAUUUGCAAGAAUUACAAUGCAUGGGAUAUUCUUGUCUUCACGACAGCAGUACCUUAUCUAUUUCUGCAUUUUCUGAUAAAGAUCAUGUUGUCACAGGUGGAAUGGACUGUUGCUUAAAAGUAUGGGAUCUAUCUGAAUUACUAGUAACCCAUUCAUUUGGGUAUGCACAUAUAGAUGUAGUCACUUGUGUCGAUGCACAGCCCAAAAGUACUACAGCCUUUGUGUCAACAUCAUCAGAUUGUGAGGCGUUAAUGUGGGAUAUAAGACAGUCAAAACCAGCACAAAGUAUUCUAAAAAAAGAUAUUGGUUUAACUGCGGUAAAUUGGAAUCCCAAUUCAGAUAAUAUUUUAGCAAUAGGUACCGAUGGUGGAGACGUAGUAUUGAUUGAUAUUAGAAAAACAGAUACCUCAGUAUUAGAGGAAACGUGUAUAUUGCCUAGAUCGAUACAUAAAUUAUUAUUUAACCCGAAUUCGGAAAGGUCAGAAGAAUUGGCGUGUUGUUGUGAUGAUAAUAUUGUAAAAGUACUUGAUACAAACAGUCAGCUUUCAUCCAUAUACAAAGAUGAAAGUCAUAGUGACUUCGUCCGUGGUUUAACAUGGUUUAAAGAUGCAUUAUAUUCUUGUUCUUGGGAUAAUACAGUGUUGAAACAUACAAUACAUUCGGUUCAAAAUGUGUAAUACUUAUUAAUAUACGUAUAAUUUAAACUCGGUUUAUUUGUAAGCUAGUAUUAAAUUUCAUUUCUAUACAUAAAAAUAGAUUUUUAUAUCGUA